AUGAUAAAAACUAGUUUCACAGAGAAGGAUAUCAAGAAAAUUGAUGCUCAUGAGCUUAUUAAGGGUAGUUUUGUUUGUAUCGAAUUGUGGCCUUCACAGCAAUCGGAGAAUAUAUUCUUUAUCAUAGCCAACCUAAUAAUUUGCUACUUGGGUCCUCUGGUCGUUAUAAGCAUUUGCUACAUCAUCAUCUGGCGAAAUGUGGCGAAUCGGAGCAUACCCGGAGAAAGGCUGUUCGGUCGUCGUAAGAAUGAUGCCAUUCAUAAAAGUCGUGUCAAGGUCGUCAAGAUGGUGUUUGUAGUAAUAAUAACCUUUGCCUUAUCGUGGUUACCACUCUACACAAUAUUUUUUAUCGUCAAAUUCUACGAGGAUGUUUUGUACUACGAAUACUUCCAGUCGGCCAUUUACCUUCUCCUGCCCAUCGCCCAAUGGCUGGGAGCCGCAAACUCAUGUAUAAACCCAAUCCUGUAUGCAUUUAUGAAUCGCAAGUUUCGAAUAGGAUUCAAAAAUGUCCUUAAAAGACCAUUUUUCUCACGCACAUCAUUCGAAAAUGAAAUACGUGAUGUAAAUUUGAAACAAUACCGUACGGAGAGUUUGUACAACCGACGACCGAUUGUACGCACGGACUCGUCAAGGAUGUCGUCCCAUUAUAAUAACAACGUCUCGCUUACAAUGAGGCCAGUUACGGAGAGGAUUAAGCUUUAAGUGAAGGAGGUUGCAUCGAAAGAAUGAUAAAAACUAGUUUCACAGAGAAGGAUAUCAAGAAAAUUGAUGCUCAUGAGCUUAUUAAGGGUAGUUUUGUAAGAAUUUAGACCCAUGUUUUGUGAGAAAUGAGGAGGAACCGGAGGAGUCAAGGAACACAUUUUAUAAAUUGUUAUGGUGAAAGUACAAAUUUUAUGUUAGGCAAUAAA